GAAAGGUCUAGAUCGCACUCUCCGUUUUGGGAAAGGUUCAAUGCCUUGUACAAAUGGUGUGUUUUGUGAACGGGUCUAAAGAAGUACGCCCCGGGAUUCCAUUUAGCCUAGCUAAAAAGUAGAGUAGAUUGACUUUGAUGGCAGUGCCUAAGGCUACAAAGCAACAAUGAAGAGAUGGACACCAUUGCCUUUUCCUCCACACAACACCUUCUUCAAACAAUGGAACGCCGCUGUGGAGCCAAUCAGCACUCAUCUUGUCAGAUUAAGCAAUGGCGCUCGAUCCUUUUCCCCAUUGCACGUUUUUAAAUCAGGUCAGGUGAUACAACUUUUUGGAAACCAGUUGUGUACCAUGGGCCUGCCUAGCGCUCUCAUCUACCCAUCCCCCCCAUGCCUCGAUUAGAAGAAGUCGAACAAGGUCUGUUGGAAUCUCACCAUACCAUUACGAAACACGCCACCUCCAUAUGGACCGACUUUAAAGAUUUCUUGAACAGAGGAAAUGUCGUUUCAUUGGCUAUUGGUAUCAUCAUGGGGGCCCAAUUCAAUAACAUCAUCUCAUCGUUGACCGACGAUAUCAUCAUGCCACCUGUGGGUCUAGUCACAGGAAACAAUUUUAAGAAUCUUUUUGUCAUUAUUCGUGCUGGCUCCACCUUGAAUGCCACGUAUGAAACCGUGGAUCAAGCCAGAGACGAUGGUGCAGUGACCUUCAACUACGGCCGAUUCAUUCAAACCAUCAUCAAUUUUUUCUUCAUUGCUUUUGCUUUGUUUUGGAUUGUAAAAGUCACCCAACGCUUUCAGCGAAAGUCGCUAAAGGCUACCUCUGCUAAAUGCCCCUAUUGCCUUUCUAACGUUGCUAAAGGCGCUAAAAAGUGCCCUGCUUGCACUUCUUGGAUCGAUGGCAGGGAUGGUGAGACCGCUGCUCCCCUAUCACCCGAUGAGAGUGAAGACAAUGAUGACAAUUGAAAGGGAUAGUUAACUAAGGAUAUAGAAUGCUCAUUUUCUAAUCUGACUUUAUCUACCAUAAAAAAUUAAAA